AUGGUGCGAACUUGCUUUGACUCGAAGGCUUUGAGCUCCUCAGGGUCCUCUUCUUCCUCGAUGAGCUCCGACGAGGAGUCACCAGAUGUGCGGGGGUGGACCGUGGGAGCGAGAAAACGCUCAGGAGGAGGAGGUGAGGGCCCUGCGUUGCUCCCGAUGACAGAAGAAGACUUCGUGCUACUCGACCGCCUGGAGCGCCGCGUUGACGUGCAGAGUUUCGCAACAGUCUUGAAGGCGUAUUUGAUAGUCCGCAACAGAGUGGCGGCCAUCCGAGCGGACAGGGAGUUUAAGAGGAGGCAUUUAAGUCUCCCUGAUGCUGGUGGGGAGAGAGAGGGUGGGCGUAAGGUUCCCAUCAGUGGCCCCUCCUCGGGAGGUCCGGCAGCACUGCAGCUCAAGAAAUGCAGCAGCCGCGUGGCGCUGAUGAAUUCUCACAAGCACAGGAGAGAGUCUGGACCUCUUGAUGACUUAGGAGAGGCACAGGAGAAGCAGAAACCCCGUUUGAUUCGGCGUCUAUGGCUGUUUAGAAGGAACAGCCGAGACGAGCAGCUGUUCAACAGCAACAGCAACAGCCCAGCAGCAGCGGCAGCGGGUGGAGACGCAGCAGAGUACCCCAAGAGCGUGAAUGCGUGGGAAGCGAACAGUGUCGACCUUUUGGAGCAGCGGCUGUCUUUCCUCGGCUGCCGCACUGUGACGUCCGUAGGUGACGGCAAUUGCCAGUUCCGUUCGUGUUCAUUGAAUUUGUUCGGCAGCGAAGGCUUCCAUGGGUUUGUGCGGCGAGAGGCUGUGGCACAGAUGCGCAGACAGCGGGCGGUAUAUGGGGUGUUCUUCGAGACCCCUCAGCUUCUGGAAUGCUACUUGAGGGACAUGAGCAGAAGUGGAACAUGGGGAGAUGAGUUGUCGCUCCGAGCGAUUGCAGACGCGUUCUGCUGCUCUAUACACCUCAUUACCUCCACGCCCUCCAGCUGGUACUUGCGGUACGACCCCGAGAACGAUGGACGCAAAAUGCAGCCCAAGAGGCAUCUGUUCCUCACAUAUAUCUCUCCAAUACACUACAACGCCUUCGCCCUUAAAGACACCCGAAACGCAACAGCACUCACACCCCACACCUAA